AUGGGUAAGGGUAAGCCAAGAGGAUUAAACUCUGCAAGAAAGUUGAGAGUUCACAGAAGAGACAACAAAUGGGCUGAUCAAUCCUAUAAGGCAAGAUUAUUAGGUACAGCUUUCAAGUUCUCCCCAUUCGGUGGUUCUUCUCACGCUAAGGGUAUCGUCUUAGAAAAAAUUGGUAUUGAAUCUAAGCAACCAAACUCUGCUAUUAGAAAGUGUGUUAGAGUUCAAUUGAUCAAAAACGGUAAGAGAGUUACUGCUUUCGUUCCAAACGAUGGUUGUUUAAACUACGUUGACGAAAACGAUGAAGUCUUAUUAGCUGGUUUCGGUAGAAGAGGUAAGGCUAAGGGUGAUAUUCCAGGUGUUAGAUUCAAGGUCGUCAAGGUCUCCGGUGUCUCCUUAUUAGCUUUAUGGAAGGAAAAGAAGGAAAAGCCAAGAUCAUAA